CAAUUAAAAAUUAAGAUCAUCAACAUUUGUCCAGUUGAAGGUCCAAAUUGAUUCAUUAUGUCCAUGGUAAGCUCUCAAGUUUAAAAUCAUAAAGCAACUCAAAUAGUUAAAGUUGCUGUCAUUCUGUCUUCCUCUUUGCAAUAUAUCAUUUCAGAAAAGUCCGCUUUUAAACAGUGGGAUUUUGCCUGGAGAUGAAGUCUUAACUUGGACAAACGAGCAGUUUUAGGAUAAUCCAAAUGAAGUACCUAUGAAAGCCAUUAAUUUUCUUUUCUUUUAUGAUACUAAUAGUCAAGGAGACUUUCUUUUUCCUGAUUGACAGUUAUCUAUAAUUUAGAAUCAAGAUUAAUAGGUUCAUAGAGGUCUUAUUCAUUGAAUAACAGUCCCCCUCCCCUCUUUCCAUCAUUAGGCGGCUUUAGAAUAAUCUGAACACAGAUGAAAUAUUCAUGUUUUAUAAUAUACUUUCUUUCCAUCUCUUACAAAAAUAGUAAUCGUAAAAAAUUCAUAGGUUGAACAAGAAAUUCUGGAAACUGCUGCAGUCAAUCUCUAAUACAUGUGAUCACCAGAAUCCUUGUGAUAGGGGUAGGUGUGCGUAUACGGUGAUAUAGAAGUCAAGUUCCAUUUCAUUGGUCUGAUCUUCAUUUCCUACUCUCUUAAAUAUGAGGUCAAUCCUAACAUAUAAGCAAAGUCUUUUUACAUUUUGGUAAGAUUUUCGGUUGUCCCUAUUGCGUACUCAUAAGAAAGUAUUUACUUCUAAUUUUCUUAAUGAAGUUUGUCUUCUUUCCUAAAGAUGUAUCAAUACAAUUUGGCAACACUCUAGAGCCAAUUUUCCAAUAUGUUAAUAGAGACAAGCUAGAAUUCUCGGUACCUGAUGCAAUUUUCUGUAGAUUUCAAGAUUAGAAAUGUAUUAUAUGCAUUUAAUGCUUGAAUAAAUAAUUUCAACAUUGACCACUAGAGAUUCCAGAAAAUUUUCUCCGUCGUGAAUUUUAGAACGUCCCUUAUUGGACACUUGAAUAAAAGCCUUAUCAAUGAGAGACACGAAAUGGAACUCAUUCCUCACAAUUUCCUCUCUGUUAUCUAAUUCUGUUUGAACAUCCUUCAUAAACUUAUUCUACCCUACAUUCCUGCAACUUCAACAAAAUGCAUCCAAAUUCUUUUCCAAUAUCUUCCCUUCUGGCCCCCUUCUUCUUGCUUUUUGCCUUGAUCAGAGUUCCAACUACUUUGUGCGUCGAUGAUCUACGGUACUCAAACUGCUCGACAAUCAUAAGAUGUGGAAGCCUAGCAAAUAUCGGUUACCCUUUCUGGGGAAUGAACCGUGCAAGUUACUGUGGCCAACCAGGGUUCGAGCUGAAGUGCGAAGAUGGUGUAGGAAAGAUCACGAUGAGUCAAAACACGUUGCGAAUUUUAGAUGUAAACCCUGAACAGCAGAUUCUUAAGGUUGCUAGGGAGGAUUACUGGGAUGGUUAUUGUCCCAGGGAACUAAUAAACACCGCCAUCAACUUCAAUCACUUCGAUUAUGGCCCAGGCCUUAGGAACCUGACCCUAUUCUAUGGUUGCUACUUACCCUCAACCUCCGUGUUUAUUUUUCUAACAAAUUGUACCAUAAAUGGUGCCAUUAUGGACGUGUCAUACGCUACUCGGAGUGUUCUGGGCGAUCCUCGCCCAGAGGUAUGCCAUGGCAGUGUGAUAGUUCCAAUUUAUGAAACAGCAGCUCAGGAUCUAGAGGUGAACCCAUUAACUGUGAACGAUGCUUUAAAGGGAGGUUUUGAAUUGCAAUGGAAAGUAAAUGAUGACCAAUGCAGAAAUUGCAGAGAGUCUGAUGGGGUUUGCGGAUAUAAUCAGACGACAAAUAGUUUCAUUUGCUUCUGCCGUGAUCACACUAGCGAAACCACAUGUUCACCAACACAAGAUGAAAAGAAACCCGAUGUCAGCCUUAUAACAGGCUUUGGAAUAGCUGGUGCGGUUAUAGCUGGUAUACUUCUAGGCAUGGGAUUUUUAUGCCUCAAACAACGGAAGGAAAAUUCAGUGCAUCUCAGACUGCCGAUGAACCAUAAUGGAAGCAUUGAGGCAUUCAUUAAGAAGUAUGGUUGUCUUGCUCCAAAGCGAUAUUCAUACAUAGAUAUUAAGAAAAUGACAAAUAAGUUCAAGGAUAAACUAGGUCAAGGAGGAUAUGGCAGUGUAUACAAAGGAAAAUUGCCAGAUGGUCGUCUUGUGGCGGUGAAAGUCCUAAGUGAAUCAAAGGGGAAUGGCGAGGAAUUUAUGAAUGAAGUGGCUAGCAUUAGUAGAACAUCUCAUGUCAAUAUAGUGACUCUUCUAGGCUUUUGUUAUGAGAUAUCGAAAAGAGCUCUAGUCUACGAAUUCAUGCCCCAUGGAUCGUUGGAUAAAUUCAUUUAUAAUCAAGGAUCUAUGAAUCAACCUCGUCAAUUAGAGUGGAAAACUUUGUAUGACAUUGCACUUGGCAUUGCUAGAGGACUAGAAUACUUGCAUCAAGGUUGUAACACAAGAAUCUUGCACUUUGACAUAAAACCUCACAAUAUCCUUUUAGAUGAGAGCUUUGGUCCCAAGAUCUCUGAUUUUGGUUUGUCGAAAUUAUGUGAAAGAAAGGACAGUAUUAUUUCCAUGACAGGUGCUAGAGGAACAGCUGGAUAUAUUGCUCCCGAAGUAUUUUGUCGAAACUUUGGAGGAGUUUCUCACAAGUCUGAUGUCUACAGCUAUGGAAUGAUGGUCCUUGAAAUGGUUGGAGGAAGGAAAAAUAUCGAUGUCGAAGUGUCCCAAACCAGUGAAAUAUAUUUUCCCUCAUGGGUUUAUAAGCAUCUUGAUCAGCCUAUAGAUUUGAGUCUUGAUGGAGUAACAGGUGAAGAGGAAGAAGAAAUAACAAGGAAGUUGAUUGUAGUGAGCCUUUGGUGCAUUCAAACCAGUCCAUCGGAUUGGCCAUCAAUGACCAAGGUGCUAGAAAUGUUGACAGGAAGUCUUCAAUCAUUAGCAAUUCCACCUAGACCUUUUGUAACUUCUCCUGUACGACUCCCUAAAGCUUCUUCCACAACGUCAUCGUUGACGUUGGCUUAGUUUGGCAUUUCAUCUUCAAUCGAAAAUUGUAGUGAAAAAUUUAUGAUUGAAACAUUAUGGUCGAAGAUCA